UACUGAUUCCGGGGCGGUACUGUAAACAUCAAUACGUAAAUGGCUGCACUGCUAAUUCUCAAACUACGAAAACAACCACCAUAUGAGCACACCAGGUAUGGAAAAGAUGGAGCAGAAUGACAACGAAGGGGACAACUUUAGGCUACACUUGGUGACGUGGAAUGUAGCCACAGCUGAGCCACCUGUUGACAUUAGCUCACUUCUCCAUUUAGAGUCUCCAAAGGGCCCGGACGUCUAUGUCAUUGGCCUUCAGGAGGUGUACUCUGGACCGCUGAGAUUCAUGUCAGAUGUUGUGUUUGAUGACCCUUGGAGCCAUUGUCUUAUGACCACCCUGGCACCGUGGAAUUAUGUCAAGGUGUCGUCCAUCAGAAUGCAGGGUCUGCUGUUGCUCUUCUUCUCCAAACUGGAGCACCUCCCAUUUAUUCGAGACAUCCAGGCCACAUAUACACGCACCGGCAUCUUUGGUUAUUGGGGUAACAAAGGUGGUGUGUCCAUCCGUCUGUCUUUCUAUGGCCACAUGCUCUGUUUCCUCAACUGUCACUUGUCUGCUCAUAUGAAUAAUGCCGCUGAGCGAGUGAUCGAGUUUGAGUAUAUCACCGACAAGCAGAUUUUCAACUGUGAAAAGGCUCAGAGAAUCCUUGACCACAGGCUGGUCUUCUGGUUUGGAGAUCUCAACUUUCGAAUUCAGGACCACGGCAUGCACUUUGUCCGAACGUGCAUCAGCGAUCAAAACUACAGCUUGCUGUGGAGCAAAGACCAGCUGAUCAUGUUGAAGAAAAAGGAGAAGCUGCUCCAAGAGUUUGAGGAAGGACCUCUAGACUUCCAACCCACGUACAAGUUUGACCUAAACACAGAUCUAUAUGACAGCAGGCUCUACAGGACAUGGUUUGCCUUUAACAGUAAGAAGCGCAAACCCGCCUGGACGGACAGAAUUCUAUGGCGCCUCAUACCCAAAGCACUGCCUUCUGACAAGCAAGAAGAAUGCGGAGACAGGUCGGACGCAAACAAUGUCGGGCAGCCCGAGGAAGCAAAAAAAAGUCUUUUAGAGCUCAGCCAGGACUUGUACACCAGUGACAUGCAGUACAGAAUCAGUGACCACAAACCUGUCAUUGGUAUCUUCACCCUGAAGUUAAAGAAGAUGCAAACGACUCCUCUGGUACAUCUGCUGGCUGAGGGGGAAUGGAGUGCAGACAUUGAUGCCAUGCUUGUGUACUUCCCUAAGCAGCCAUUCCCUUCCAGUUCAUGGGACUGGAUUGGACUUUAUAAGGUUGGAUUCAGCAGUGUGUUUGACUACAUCACAUACACGUGGGUCAAAGAUGACGAAGUGGCUGUCGAUGAAAAAGCCAUAAAGGUGUACAUGAGUAAAGAUGAGAUCCCAGUACGGGGAGGAGAAUGCGUGCUGGGCUACUACUGUAACACUUUACAGUGCAUUAUUGGAAUCAGCGAACCAUUCAAGGUCCAUGCGUCGAAGGUGGCCAUUGAGGAGGGCUUUCUGCCUGAAAAGCUCAGGAGUCUGCAUAGAAGCUGAGCGACAGAAAACAUUCAGGACUAACAGAUUCAUGCCUGGUUUAUUGAUGCCUAAACUAUGUUUGUAAUAUGUUUUACUCAUCCACUGAUAGAGCAGCUUUUCUUCACAGUGUUACUCUGCUAGCUCUACCAGUGUCAUGAGUGCUGAACGAUUGUACUGUGUAUCAUUCAUUGAUGAUGAUGCAGUGCUUUAAUAGGCUGACAAUGUAUCAGAUUAUGUUGUCAGAUCCACUGCAGCAUGAUGGGACCUGAGUUUAAGUGAAUUCCUCAUGCAAACAAUGGUUGUUUUCAUAGCAAAAACGAGGGUUGGUACCAAAGCUAGUCUGUGGUAUUGUCCAUCCAUACAUCCAUUUUCUACCGCUUGUCUCUUUUGGGGUCGCGGGGGGUGCUGGAGCUUAUCUAAGCUUCAGUCGGGCGGAAGGCGGGGUACACCCUGGACAAGUCGCCCAUUAAUCCUAGAUUCAUUGGAAAACAGAAAAGCAGGUGUAGGUGAUGAGACACCAGAUUCCUUCAUGGCAACUACACAUUCACUCUCAUUAUCUUUUUAGUGAGACUUUUAAAGAAGUCAUUAUAAUUUAUUUUUUUUACAUUCAAAACAUUCCAAAUUUUGCAUAAGUUAUGUUUCACAGUCUUCAAGCUGCUUACUGUCUCUUCAGGAUGCACCUUUUAGUGGGCAGUCUUCUGCCCGUCAGCCAGCUUACAUAUGGAAUCAGCUGACAGAUAUAAGUUAAAACUAUACUUUGUAUUAGAAAUGGCAACAGCGGAGGAUGCAUGUGCAUGUAUGAGCCAGUCUGCCCCACAGCAAGAGGAUAGAGAAAAAGAAGGAACUUAUUACUACAUUGUUGGUCUACAAUGUCGGAAUCGCGCCAUGCUCUUAGGGUAAACAUCUACCAUAUAUGGAGAUGUUCGCUGUUGUCACCAAUGGCAAAAAACAGCACAAAUGGGGCAAAGUCCAAACAGCUCCAUCCAUCCAUCCAUUCAUUUUCUACCGCUUGUCCCUUUCGGGGUUGCGGGGGGUGCUGGAGCCUAUCCCAGCUGCACUCGGGCGGAAGGCGGGGUACACCCUGGACAAGUCGCCACCUCAUCGCAGGGCCAACACAGAUAGACAGACAACAUUCACACUCACAUUCACACACUAGGGACCAUUUUUUUAGUGUUGCCAAUCAACCUAUCCCCAGGUGCAUGUCUUUGGAGGUUGGAGGAAGCCGGAGUACCCGGAGGGAACCCACGCAGUCACGGGGAGAACAUGCAAACUCCACACAGAAAGACCCCGAGCCCGGGAUCGAACUCAGGACCUUCGCAAAUAGCUCAUUUGAAAGAAUUACCUAUUUGUACCUGAUUUUCUGUAUUUGGGAUCUGCAUAAGUCCCGGAAAUUUGAAAUGAAAUGGCGGACAUACAAUACAACAAUCUUGCCUUAUUUCAUACUUCCCCCAAACAAGCCGUUUAGAAUUUGCCCAAUUUGUGACGGUUUUCAUAAGUUUACCCGAAAAGCUUUGCACAAGUCUGCCAUUGUAGUCAAUGAGUUCUUUCUUUUUCCCUAUCCUCUUGCUGUGGGGCAGACUGGCCCGUACAUGCACGUGCAUCCUUCGCUGUUGCCAUUUCUAAUACAAAGUAGCGUACAGUUCUAGCUUAAUCUAUCAGUGAAAUCGCUAUGGAAGCGCUAAAAACUACAACAUGGCUGACAGAGAGAAGAUGCAGUUGAAGUGGAGGCACGUAAGUAAGACCGCCCACAAAAUGGCACAUCCUGAAGAGAGGGUCAGUAAGCGGCUUGAAGAUGGUCUGUAAAACAUAGUCUAUGUAAACAUUUUUACCACCAAUCCACCAUUACAUGUUUUGUAGACCACAAAGAAGUGUUUUAAAUGUAGAAACAAAUAAUAAUCCUAAAACGACUUCUUCAAGACUAAAUCCUUCUCACCCUAAUAGGCAUUUGUGAUGUACUGUAUUGCUCAAAUGUUCUGAUAAUGCUGUAAUAUGUAAGCUGGACUUAUUUACUUGUUUUUAUGCAAAUUUAAUUGUUUACAUAAACCCAGUGUUGUGAAUUAUCUGCUGUUGAAAGAGUCCACUUUUACUUCUCUUCAUUGUCAUUAAUUUCAUCAAAAAUUCCAACUGUUCUUGGUGGACAUGAAAGCACAUUUAUUUUUGAAGCAACUUACCUAAAGCUAGUUAUUUUCUUUUAUCUGGCUGUUUUAGCAGGCUAAUAUAAUAUAGCACCUUAAAGUUGUUUUAAAUCACUGUAAAAUGAUGAAUGCAAACACAUUGUUGUAUGUUGUAUUAUGCCCAAGUGUACUGUAUGUAUGUGUGUGUGUGUAUACAUAUAUAUGUAUUUAACCUUUUCAUACAGUUGUUUAAAGCUUGCUGAUACCUAUUAUUUUAGAAACAUGGAAAAAGAUGGUUUAUUUUAAUAGCUAUUACAAAAUACUAUAAUAUAUGGCUGCAAUGUACUGAAAGACCAAAAAUUGUAACUUCGAUAAUAA